AUUGAGGAGAUUCAAUGCUGGUGCCGACCCGCGACAGUGCAGUCGUGCGAAGCUCUGACAGACCGCACAUAUAAGAGCCACAAAUCGUGUCAUUCUCUUACCGGUCCAGCACCAUUCCCCAUCUCUCUUCAUCUAGUAUCCCCGUUGCGUUCACCAUGCUGCUCACUUCUGUGAUCACUCUCCUCGCUGCGGGCGCUGUCUCAGCCCUUCCAGCCGCCUCUGCCGUGACCUGCUCCAGCGGAGUGCACGUCAUCGUCGCUCGCGGUACCUUCGAGCCACAAGGAUACGGUCUUCAACAGAUCCCCCUUAACGCCAUCCUUGCCAAAAUUCCAGGAUCAAGCUCCAGCGCUGUUGUCUAUCCCGCCAGCCCAGCCGUCAGCGACUCCAUCGCGGCAGGCAUCAAAGAUACUCAACAACAAAUCACUGACUACUACAAUGCCUGCCCUCAGGGAAAGAUUGUUUUGAUGGGUUACUCUCAGGGUGCUUCCGUUGUGGGCAACGCUCUUGCUGGAGGAGGACAACCGAUUCCCCCAGCGGCGGCGCCAGGACCGGCAGCCACCCCCCUCUCCCAGACUAUUGGAGCGAAUGGUGAGCUCACUUCCGUAUAAGUCAAGGAUUCGGACAUACUAACUUGUUCUGGUUUGUUGAUAGUCGUCGCUAUCGUCUUCUUCGGUGACUACAACCGCGUC